AUGUCCACUGAUGGUCUAACUGAGAAGAAGCUUGAACAAUUGUCAAAGCUCUACCGGGAUAUUGUUCCUGCGUCACCGGAGACUGAAUCGUUUUAUUUAGAGAUUCUGGUCUCUUGCGAGGGAAAUCUAGAGGCUGCUGUAGAGUUGAUAAACGAUUCGCUAGGUGUUCAAAGGACUAGUGAAACUGAUAUUUUAUGUGCCAAGGGGAAGCAUGAAGAUGAAGCAGUUUCGCCAGCUCCCAAGGUUCAAAAGAGCUUAAACAGUUUUAUCAAGGAUCCAAAUAAUAAGAUUAAGUCAGUUUCUGAGGGCUCAUUGGGCAAGAUUUCUAAUAGAGCUAUUGAACUUUUUACUAAGGAAGAUAUUGAGACUAACAUUAAAUAUGUUUCUGUUCACAAGAAUGUUCUACCUGAGCUUUUAGCUAACAGUUUACUGAAAAAACUGUCGCAAGAUAAUGAUAGCUUUACCCCCAAUCAAUUCUAUCUUUUUGGCAAGAAAUGUACUUCCAACCAUUUGACUAAAAUGUUUUCCUCUAGUGAAGAGAUUUCUGCAGGUAAUAUCAGGAUUUAUUACAAUUCCUAUUCUUUGAGUCGUAUUGCACAGUAUGAUGACGAUUUGAAGAUGGCUCAAUUGCUAAUCGAGGACCUAGUAAAUGAUUGCAUUGCUCAAAGAGAUCUAUUGCCCUAUCAAAUAAGAUCACCGAAUUGGAAAGGCGAUGUGGUAUUGGUGAAUCGAUACUAUAAGGAGAGCAAUUUAGAUUGGCACUCUGAUAAGAUGACCUCAAUUGGACCUCAACCCAUAAUUGCAUCAUUGAGUCUUGGUUGUUCAAGGGAAUUUAGAGUUCGAAAGAAUUACCCUUCUAAUUCUCAAAUAUACAUCAUAAGACCUCCACAUAAUACCUUGGUCAUUAUGCAUGCCGGAUUUCAGGAAGAAUACAGACAUUGUGUUCAUGGUCACUCAAAAAAUUCUCCCCUGAAGCCUCAUCCAAUUUCUGGUCACGUAAGAAUAAAUUUGACUUACCGCUGCUAUUUAAGAAAGUUCUUAGAUAGAUGUCCAAAGUGUAAAAAGUGCGGAUCACCUAUGGAUUUAAGGAGAGCAUUCAAGGAUCCAAAGACAAGGGGGCAAUACAUCUGGCAAUGUUCAAAAAGUUAUACGGGCCAAGAGUGUGGUGGUGUCAUAAGAGCCAAAUUUGAUAACGACUCCCUUACAGUACAAAAUUUUGAUGAAGAAGGGUCCAGAUGGUUAGCCCCAGAUGAUCAAGAAGCGCAUUCAGCUCAGGAUUUGAAUUAA